AUGCGACAACAUCGACUGACUCAACGCGUAUUUGACACUACGACAUCAUCGCCGGCGAUGUCCACUAUCCCUACGUCUCUAUCGCUUUGCACUGCAGAGCAGUCCAUAUCAUACUCGGAGCAACUUCCCAGGAGUACUGUCCUGGUUCGACCACCCGUCGUGCGGGCGUACCGCUUCAAAAGAGAGGCGUCCAUUUGUGGUCUUACAUGUUCUUGCUGUAUCCAUACAAUUUUGGGAUCAGUAACAAGGAAGAAAAAGAGUGGUGAAGAGGUGAUGACUCAAAAAGAAGAGAAGCCAGAGACACUCGUUUCGAGCGAAGGCAAUGAGGUCUCGACACAAAACGACAGCGGAAAUGAAUGCGCGACUAAUGGUUUUGACCCAACCCAUUCGAGUAUGUUAUCCGAGAAUAACGAUCUUCAAGAAUAUGAAAAUCCUACGAAAUGCUCUGAUGCGAAUUUGGUUUUGAAAAGUGCGCAGGAUGAAGAAGUUCAUGUGGAGCUCCCAUCUACUGCCACAGUUCCAAGGACGGAAAUAGUCACAAAGCAAAAAGAUGGAGAAAAGGUUCAUGUUGCAGCAAAGGCGCCUCGUAAAAGAUCUUUGUGUACUUCAACUGUGGAAACUAAUAUUAUUUUCCCUGACAGUAUCCCUGGCGAAGUUUCUGCUACCGUUAAAAGAAGCGAAGGUUCAAAUGUGUUCCAGAGAAUCACUAGAAGCAUGACCUCUGCUUCUACUCCCAAGAAAGAACAAAAUAGCUGCUUCGCAUAUGAAACACGAAACCGCUCCGUUAACAAAACGUGUACAGAAAUUGCAUCAACACCGAGACCACGUCGACGUGUGCUACGUUGCAGAAAUCUGAACACAGCUGAACUCAACUUGGAGAUGAAAUCCACGCGAAGCGGGACUCCUUUGGAGUAUGAUCAGAAUCAGUCAGAACAAGAUGAUGGUAAAAGCACACCAAUUUCACUUCAAGAGUAUCCUUCUGCGGUCGUGGAUGAUGAAGUUGAUUCGAGUGCAAAAGAGUACAAUAGGAUCAGCAAGAUUAAACAACGUGUCCCACCCUCAUCGCGUCGUCGAAGAAGGAAAAUUAUUACAAUGAAGAAGAAUAGAAGAAAGCUGCCAGUAGAUGGUCUGUUUGGAAGUCCGCUUCGUCAAAAAAUUAACGUCGACGAUUGGAUCCGUGAGGGAGGAGGGAAUUACACUAGAGAAUCUGUUUUAUUGUUUGAAAAAGUCCAGUCUGAAGCCGAGAGACUCCGUCAGCAGAAACUUUCCACGAGUGGUGGUAUUGAGAUGGUAGACCUGGGUGGCAGGUAUGAAAUUAGUGCGUCUUAUUGUGGCAACUAUCCCGCUGAGUAUUCCACAUUGAAAACUCUCUAUGUUUGUGACAGCUGUUUCGCAUAUUUUAGCCAUCAACAGUCUCAGCUACAUCAUAUGAUAAAAUGUUCAUACCGUUGGGCUCCACCUGGGAAUGAAAUAUAUCGUGAUAGAGAACGGGGAAUCUCGGUUUUCGAAGUACGAGGCAAAAACGACAUUAUGUACUGUUCCAACCUUUGUCGUUUGACCAUGCUUUGGUUGGAGAACAAGGUCAUUUUUAUGGAUGUGGAGCCUUUCGAUUUCUAUGUUCUUACUAUCUUCGAUGGCGAAGGAUUUCGCGUUCUUGGUUACUUUAGCAAGCAAUGCACGUACUUAAAACAUAAUUUAUCGUGUUUCUGUGUAUUUCCCUGUUACCAAGGAAAUGGAUAUGGUACCUUUCUCGUUGACUUCAAACCUAGUGGUCCUGAGCGGCCAUUCUCGGCCACUGGAUUGUUGGUGUAUAGAAAGUACUGGUGCAACGCAUUGAUUCACUAUAUCUACAAGCGAGUGUUGGACGUUGGCUGGGAAAAUCUCCACUUGAGCCUUGAAGAAGUAGCAAAUGACACCGGAAUUGAGGUACAAGAAAUUGUACAAACUUUGGCAAGCUUAUGUGAGUGUGAAUGGACGAGGAACAACAGAUCUAUUAUUGUGAAGAUCACUGAACAUGCUGUAAUGGAAAUUGGAGGACGAAUCGAUGAACAGAAUGCAACGAAGCUUUUAGCUAAAGUAGAGCACUUGACACCAUUAUUUGAGCAAAACGUUCGUUGUAACGAGGAGGACGAAUAUGGAUAA